AUGGAAAAGAAGGUAUAUAAUGGGGAAGAAGGAGAGGACCAUUUCAAGUACCACUCAACAACAUUAAUCCCAUUGUUAACUCCAUAUAAGCUCGGAAUUUUCCAGCUAUCUCACAGAAUAGUUUUGGCACCUUUAACAAGGCAAAGGUCUUAUGGCAAUGUUCCACAACCGCAUGCCACAUUGUAUUACUCUCAACGAAGUACAAGAGGUGGUUUACUCAUAUCUGAAGGAACAGUUAUUUCAGAAACAGGCAAAGGGUGUCCAUGUACCCCUGGUAUAUGGACAAGGGAACAAGUAGAGGCUUGGAAACCAAUUGUCAAUGCAGUUCAUGACAAAGGUGGCAUUUUCUUUUGCCAGAUUUGGCACAGUGGGAGAGUUUCUACAUAUGAUUAUCAGCCCAACGGAGAGGCUCCAAUCUCAUCUACUGAUAAGCCACUAAAACUUCAAUUAAGAGCUGGUGGCAUUGAACUCAAUGCAUAUUCGCCUCCAAGGCGUCUAAAGGCUAAGGAAAUUCCAGAAGUUGUGAAUGAUUUCAAGGUUGCUGCUAUGAAUGCAAUCGAAGCUGGUUUUGAUGGGGUUGAGAUUCAUGGAGCUCAUGGUUACUUAAUCGAUCAAUUCUUGAAAGAUCGAGUCAAUGAUCGAACAGAUGAAUAUGGUGGUUCAUUAGAGAACCGGUGCAAAUUUGCUCUGCAAAUAGUUGAAGCAGUUUGCAGUGCAAUAGGACCUCAUAGAGUUGGCAUUAAGCUCUCCCCAUUUGAUACUUACAAUGAUGCAGUUGACUCAAAUCCGCUAGAAUUAGGUCUUUACAUGGCGGAAGCUUUGAAUCAGAAUGGGAUAUCGUACAUUCACAUGGUCGUUCCUCGUUGGGAAGCGACUGAAGAUCCUUCCGAUGAUGAUGAUGUUCUUCUUCCUAUUCGAAAGGCGUUUAAAGGCUGUUUUAUGGUUGGUGGUGGAUACAACAGAAAAACGGGUAGCAAAGUAGUGGAAGAAAAUCGCGCUGAUCUUGUUGCGUAUGGGAGGAGUUUCUUGGCGAAUCCGGAUUUGCCAAAGAGGUUUGAGUUGAAUGCGUCUCUUAAUGAGUAUAACAGAGAGACUUUUUACACGGAUGAUCCUGUUGUUGGGUAUACUGACUAUCCAUUUUUGGAGGAAACUGCUUGA